AUGCUCACAUUUUCAUGGCAAUCCCAACGAUGGGUUCUCACAUUGAUUUUUCCUAUUCAGGUGAACGUUAUGAGCUCCUGGAUGUUCUAUUCAACCGUCCUCAUCAUCUUCAUCUUGUGGCCCCUCCAUCGACUCAUUGUUACCACCGACAUCAUUGGCCAGGCCACCCCACAAACAUCGGCCCCUCCGCCCGUCCAUCGGCCCGUCCAUCGGCCCGUCCACCGACCGGCGACACCGUCACCAUAUUGA